CUUUUCAAUUUCUGAAUCAUUCAUUCUCUAAAUAAUCAUCUUCAUCAUUAAAAGGCCAAAAAAGAAAACAAAAAAUAUAAAUUUUAAUUUUUAUUUGUCGCGAUUUCAUAUUUUCGUUGGUGGAAUUUUUGAUAAAAAAAAAGGUGGAAAAGAUAAAAAAAAAACCUGACUUCGUGGACAAGCUUUUAACUUUUUUUUCUCUUCUCAAAAUAAUAUCACAAAUUAAAUUUUAUAUAUACAUACUUACCUACAUACAUAACUUUAGAUGUCUACAAACAAAAAAAAGUUUUCAAAAUUAAAAACUUUAACUUAUCAAGAAUAAUUCAACAAUUUUUUUUACCGAAAUGAAUUUUAGUAUCACCUGUGCCAUUAGCGAGUUUGUUAGUUUCCGCUGCUGUUUUACGCUAAAAAAGUUACAAUAUCAAGGAGAAAAUUGAAAUAAGAAGAAAAAAAACAAGAAAAGAAUUUGAUUUUUAAAUAAAUUUUAAAUAUGAAAAAAUUACUUACAAUAUCAGUGAAAAUGUUUUGUUAAUAUUAAAGAAAAUUAUUAAUUUUAUUUUAAUUUUUAUAUAUAUUUUUUUUUGUUUUGCAACACGAGUGUAUCUAUUCAAUUUUAAGUUGUGUUUUUGUUUUUAUACAUAAUUUUAAUCAUAAAUAUUCCAAAACAAGAAAAAAGAAACCUCGCCUAGUUUUCUUCAUACAUCACACGUCUUCUAAUAAAAAACAAGGAAAAAAAAAUUAUUUGCAAUACUUACACAAUAUUAUAAGUGCAUAAAUAAAUUUAAAGUAUCUACAUAAAUAGAUAGUUAAUAAAGUGGUUCAAUAUGUUACCAAGAUUUCGACACAGUAAAUUUAUAAUAUUUGGAACAGUUAUAAUGUUCUUUGUAAUUUACUUUAGAAUAACGAAUUUAACUGAGAAUGAUACCAAUUCAAUUGACUUUGAUAAUAGUAUAAAUAAUAAUAUUGAAAGUGCCAAAUUAGUAAAUAAUCGUAAUAAAUUAAAUAUAUUUGAUAAAAAUAAUUUACCAGAGGAUAUUAAUAAUAUUGAAAAUAAUGAAAUAGAAUAUCCCACUGAUAAAUCAUUUAAGAAUCCUUUGGAAUUAGCUGUUUUUGCUGAUUUGGCAAAACAAGUACCAGGUUUAGGUGAUAAUGGAGCAGCUGUACAUUUAACUGGUGAAGCAAAACGUAUCGGUGAUGAAUCAUAUAAAAAAAUUUCAUUAAAUGAAGAAUUAAGUGAACAAUUAAGUUAUAAUAGAACAUUAUCAGAUGCAAGACAUCCAUUAUGUGCUAAAAAAAUUUAUAAUCAAGCUGAAUUACCAACAGCUAGUAUUGUUAUUAUAUUUUAUAAUGAACCAUAUUCAGUUUUAGUUAGAACUGUACAUAGUGUUAUAAAUACAUCAGAUCGUAGAAAUUUAAAAGAAAUUAUACUAGUCGAUGAUAGUAGCACCAAUGAGGAAUUAAAAGAAAAAUUAGAUUAUUAUAUAAAUACAAGAUUUCCUAAAGAUCUUGUUAAAAUUUUAAGACUGAAAAACAGACUUGGUUUAAUUCGUGCUCGUUUAGCUGGUGCACGUUUAGCACGUGGAGAUGUCUUAAUAUUUUUAGAUGCUCACUGUGAAUGUAUGAUUAAUUGGCUGGAACCAUUAUUAGAACGAAUUAAAGAAUCUAGAACAAGUGUUUUAGUUCCAAUUAUUGAUGUUAUUGAUGCAAAAGAUUUUCAAUAUAGUACGAACGGUUAUAAAAAUUUUCAAGUUGGCGGCUUCCAAUGGAACGGUCACUUUGAUUGGGUUGAUGUAUCAAAACGUGAACAUGAAAGAUUAAAACGUGAAUGUCCAACAGUACCUGCAAUUUGUCCAACAUAUAGUCCAACUAUGGCUGGUGGUUUAUUUGCAAUAUCAAGAGAAUAUUUUUGGGAAGUUGGAAGCUAUGAUGAGCAAAUGGAUGGCUGGGGUGGUGAAAAUUUAGAAAUGUCAUUCAGAAUAUGGCAAUGUGGUGGUACUAUUGAAACAAUUCCAUGCUCAAGAGUUGGUCAUGUCUUUAGAGAUUUUCAUCCUUAUGCUUUUCCGGGAGAUCGUGAUACCCAUGGUAUAAAUACUGUUCGUAUGGCUGAAGUAUGGAUGGAUGAAUUCAUUGAAUUAUUUUAUAUGAAUCGUCCUGAUUUACGUGAUCAUCCAGAUGUUGGUGAUGUUACACAUCGUUUAAUGUUACGUAAAAAAUUAAAAUGUAAAAAUUUUGAUUGGUAUUUACGUAAUGUUUAUCCAGAAAAAUUCAUACCAACAAAAAAUGUUAAAGAUUAUGGACGAAUUUAUGUACCACAUCAAGGAUUAUGUUUAGAUGAUUUACAAGCAAAUAAUGAAGAACCAUAUAAUUUAGGUGUAUAUGUAUGCCAUAAGGAUGAUAUAACAAAAUCACAAUUUUUCUCAUUUACAUUAAAUGGUGUACUACGUAAUGAAUUAAGUUGUGCAACAGUACAAAGAAAUUUAGUUGUUAUGACUUCAUGUGAUCCACGUUAUAAUGAAAAAUGGUCAUAUACACCAACUGGUCAUUUUAUACAUCUUAAUACAGGAUUAUGUUUAGAUAGUCGUGGUUUACAAAAUAAAGAUUUUGUACAAGUUGAAAUAUGUGAUAAUAGAAGUAUGACACAAAAAUGGAAAAUUGAACAUUGACAUGAUUUUUAAUUUAGAAUUUUAGUAAAAACAAAAAAUUAUACUAAUGAAAAAUUUUAAUUUAAAAAUUAAAUUAUUUUUAAUAAAUUGGAAGAAAAGAAAAAGAUCAUCAU